UUUGUUGUUUCUGCCGUUUUGCUAGACGUGGCUUCAGACGAAACCCUGACGGAACAUAGACCACGUACAAAACCACACAAACACACAAGGAUAACGUCGCCGUCGUCCUCGCCGCCGGCGCCGAUGACUUCGCCGUCCGCCCCCGUCCUCCACCGCCAAAUCCUGCCCAGACCCUUAGUACCCUCCUGCCGCGUCUCGCCCCGCACCCCCGCAUCCGUCGCGGCGCAGCCGUCGCCGUCGCCGAGGAGAAUAUGGCGCCUGCCCCUGCUCCGAUCGUCGCUGCCUCCCGAAGGAUCCCCGGCGGAGCUUGUAGCAGAGGACUCCAAGUUCGUGCCGCUGAACGCCGAGGACCCGAUGUACGGACCGCCGGCAUUGUUGCUCAUCGGAUUCGAUAAAAGCGAGACCGUCAAGAUUCAGGAGUUCCUAAAGGAGCUGGACGGUGAUUUCCUCAAGGUGAUUCAUUGUACAGAAGAAAUGACGAAACAAACUUUGUGGGAUGCUAUGCACACUGAGCAGCCUAAUGUAGAAGCUGUCAAGAUUAUGAAAUCUCCGCAGAGAAUAUGCAUCUUUUCUGGUCUGACCGGUGAGGAGAUGAUGAUGUUCAUCAACGCCUUCCCAGAAACAGGGUUGGAACAAGCCGCUUUCGCAGCACUUGUUCCCAACAGCGCAGAGAAGGUUCUUGCUGAGGUGAUCGAGGAAAUAAUGGGUGACCAUGAGAUGCUGACGGGAAAGAAUUCAGCAUGAAGGUAGUAUGUCUCAGGUAGUGACCUGUCCGCAGAGACAAAAUCAGGCAGCAUUGAACUGAUCCUCAAAUGGUCUCUUGAAAUCGCCCGCUCCAAGUGAUCCACCGUGUAAAUGUCAAUCCUUCGACUGUCUCCAUCUGCUGGUAAAUGUUAAUCUACUAGCUACUGUUUCAAACCCGCAGCUGCAAGCCCUGCAGCUAGAUCACUGUUCAUUUGAAACUGAGAUGAACAUUACUGAGGCUUUUCUUGACGUAACCAUGUAAUUACAAUCUUUUUUGUUGGAAGCACUUAAUUCUUGGACAGUUCUUCUGGUGUUCGAUUAAGGCACAGAAUCUCUCAGCAUGCCUAUCCACAUACAACUUUUAUUCCUUUUUACUCCAUGAAAAGGAUGGUACUCUGUAUCCUUUGCUUCAACCGUGGUGCUACAGUGUAGUGAAUAAUUCUACUGUCUACAAUGAAUAAUACUAUAUUUUUUUGCGGGAAACAAUGAAUAAUACUAUUGUCUUUCUUGAAGUAGUACGGAUGAGGAUCCUGGCAUGUGAGAAGUUUGUUUAAUCAUCUGUGUAAGACAAUUAUAUCAUGAGUUAUGCGGUAA